CUCGAUUGGUUUUUUUUUCAAAUUUUAAUAUAAAAUGAAAAAAUUAUAAGCUGAACACAUGUAGAACACUGUGCUGACCUUUGACUACGUGAGAAAAUCUACUUACUGUAGAACUCGUAUCAUGACCCAGACUGGAAGACAGAAUACCUUCUUAAUAAUUAUUUUAUGCAAACAAUCGUUUAAAAGUAUAUAAAGUUGAGAGCUUUCUGCGUUGACAGAGUGCAAAACUUUACUAAACUAUAAUAUCGCUGGCAAAACUUUGUUUAACCAUUAUUUGAAUAAUGACGCGCAGUAUUUGUAGGUUUUGUAUCUGAGAGUAUUUGAAAAUUCUCAACGGAACUCUGCCAUGGACACAUGGACAUUAGGUACAGUUCUCACUUAUUCGUCUUUGGUAACAUUUGUAAAUUUUAGUCAUAGCGCUCAAAAACGCUAGAACUUACGCCAAAUAAACUAACAGAAAACUUUAUGAAUGUCAGAAUAAGUUGUCUGUGGUAAAAAUCAAGAUAACCUGACAUUUCACGAGCAUUUUACGAAAACUUUUGUUCAGAAUUUUACAUUAAAUUCAAGUAAAAAAAGUGAAAAUGACUACGGCAAUCGAUCAGAAAUCAUAUUUACAAAAGUACUUGGGUGGUGCUGCGGCAGAAAAGAAGAAGAAAAAGAAGAAAAAUGUCAAAGGAAAAGGGUUCAAAAUAAUAGACGAUGACUUAGACUUGUCCAAGUUACGUCCACUUGAUGGUGAUGAAAUUGAUUUAAUGAACCAAGGUGAGGAUGGUCCUCAGAUAGCAGGUAUCAUUGAUGAGCGACCAGAGGAGUUGAGGAGCAUGGAAGAUUUCCAGAGCUCUUCUAAAUGGAGGGUUAUAAAUCAGGACGAUGGAUUCAAUAGCAAAUUAAAAGUAGAGGAAGUAAAACGUAACAUGAAAGAAGUGGAAAAGGAAAACGAAAUAGUAUUCGGUAAAAUGUACAGUGAUUCCGAAGAUGAAGGAAAAAAUGAUUCAGAUGCAUCACCACCCAGAAAGAAUAAUAAUAAAAAGAGUGUUAAUGCAAAAAAUAAUGAUAAACACAAUAGUGAUAGUGACUUUAGUCCUCCCAGAAAAGAUAACUCAAAUAAUAAAAAACGAAGUUAUGAUUCAGAUGCUUCACCUAAAAGAAAAAGUGCAAGAAAAAGUAGCGAUACUGAUACUAGUCCACCGAGACGUAAAAAUAAAUCGGAAAACGCAAAAACAAAAUCUAAAUAUGAUUCAAAUCCUUCUUAUAGAAAAGAUUCUAGCUUUUCCACAUCUAGUGAUAAGAAGUCAAGAAAUGAUCAAACAAAUAAUAAACAGACAAGAAAUCCUUAUUCGAAUGAUGCAAGCCCUCCAGGAAGGAAAGAUGACCAAACAAGAAGUAGGGUCAGAAAACCUUCUAGGUGGGGUGAUUUCAAAGACGAAAUAAAUCGCAGAUCAGAAUCUCCUAAAAACAUAAAUAAUGGAAGUAAAAGAUAUGGUCAUGACUCCAAUAUAUCACCUCCACGAAAAUCGAGACGCGAUUCAUCAAAAAGAGCUCAAACAACAGAUUCCGAUGAAUCACCUCCAAGAAUAAGGAAACAGUCUUCAGAGAACCGAAAAUAUGAAAAAAAAAUUGACAGACAUGAGCCUCAAAAGUAUGUAGAACAAUCAAAAAGAACGCACGAAAGUGAUUCUGACGAAUCCCCGCCUAGACAGAAAAGAAACAGAAAUGAUAGUAAAAGAAAUGAAUCAAAUAAAAAUAAAAGAAAAGAUAGUGACUCAGAUUUAUCACCUCCAAGACAAAAAAGAAACAAGAAUGAUAGUAAAAGAAAUGACCCAAACAGAAAUAAAAGAAAAGAUAGUGAUUCGGAUAUAUCCCCUCCAAGAAAACACAGAAAUAAUACUUAUGAUGGAAGAAAUACAAACCACAGUAAGAGAAACAAUAGUGAUUCAGAUCUCUCCCCUCCAAGGAAAGCAAGAAGUACGAAUCAAGAAAGAAGUAGAAAUAGCAAAGACCCUCCACCAAGCAACAAGAAAAUGGAGAAAACUCUGGAUGGCAAGAAUGCAGGUUUACAAGAUGCAAGGCAAUUAAAACAAGAAAAUGAAGCGUUUAGAAAGAGAGAAGAGGAUGCUUUCAGAAAUAUGACUGAUGAAAUGUCUGGGAGGAAUGCUAAAAUUGUUUCCAGAAAAGGUAAAAGAGAAACAUCAGAAGAUAGAGAGAAACAAAGAGAAAAAGCAGAGAGACAGAAAUUCUUGGAUGAAAAAUAUAAAAAAUGGACCAGAGGAAUGAAACAAGUAGAAUCCCAAGAAGCGGCAGUACAAGACUUCUUACACGAAGCGUCGAAGCCGUUCGCUCGGUACAAAGACGAUGGCGACCUGGAGAGUAAACUGAAAGACGUGGAAAGACAGGGAGAUCCGAUGCUGCGGUAUAUAAAGGACAAGAAGAGGGAAAGAGGAGAGCUCGGACCCGAAAAACCAAUGUACAAAGGCAACUUUGCACCAAAUCGUUUCAAUAUCAGACCCGGCUACAGAUGGGACGGUGUAGACCGAUCCAACGGCUAUGAGAAGAAAUACUUCGAGCAGCAAAGUAAACGGAAGGCGCAAGAAGAAGAGGUAUACAAAUGGAGUACUGAAGAUAUGUAAAUAAGAUCCAUGUACAAAGUCUUGAUCAUCGAAUGCCCGUUUUCACUAAACUUAGGAAUCGCCUUAAUAGUAAUCGCCUAGCGUGGGCGUACCUAGUGGGGGGCAGGGAAGGGUAGCAACCCCCCCAAAAAAUGAAUGGUGGCCAAGAUACAGACCGACGAAUACAAAUGAAAAAAAAAACAGUAUUUAUUGGCUUCAUUCAUCAAUUACGACAAUACACACAUCACCAUCUAGCCCCAAAGUAAGCGUAGCUUGUGUUAUGGGUACUAAG